AUGUCUUCUUUCACUACCAAGGCCAUCCUCGCUGCCCUCGUCGCCGCUGCCGGUGUUCGUGCCCACGGCCACGUCGAGUCCAUCACCGUCGGCGGAACUGAGUACGAGGGUCUCAACCCCGGUGCUGCCGCCAACGAGAACCCCCGCAAGGAGCUCGCCGCCUGGUUCGCCACCAACACCGACAACGGUUUCGUUGAGCCCUCUGCCUUCGGUGAUGCCGACAUCAUCUGCCACCGCGGCGCCGAGAACGCUGUCAAGUCCGCCAAGGUCAAGGCCGGUGAGAAGAUCACCAUCAAGUGGGACACCUGGCCCGAGUCUCACAAGGGUCCCGUCAUCGACUACCUCGCUUCUUGCGGUUCCGAUGGCUGUGCCAAGGUUGACAAGACCAGCCUCAAGUUCUUCAAGAUUGCUGAGGCUGGUAUGACCUCUGGUGGCAACUUUGCCUCCGACGAUCUCAUCGCUGCUGGCAACUCCUGGGAGGUUACUGUCCCUACCUCCAUCAAGGCCGGUAACUACGUCCUCCGUCACGAGAUCAUCGCUCUCCACGCCGCUGGCCAGGAGAACGGUGCCCAGAACUACCCUCAGUGCUUCAACCUUGAGGUUGAGUCUGACGGAACCGCUGAGCCUGAGGGUGUUGCUGGUACCAGCCUCUACACUGCUGAUGAGGAGGGUAUCGUCUUCGACCUCUACAACAACCCUACCAGCUAUCCCAUCCCCGGCCCCAAGCUGAACAUUGCCGGCGGUUCUUCCGGCUCUGCCCCCUCUACCCCCGCUACCCCCACUACUGGCUCCGGCUCCGACUCCGGUUCCGCUCCUUCCAACACCGCUGCUCCCGUUGAGUCUGCUCCCGCCGAGACCGCUGCCCCUGUCGAGUCUGCCCCUGCUUCCGGCAACGACAACCAGAACAACGGUGGUGCUUCUCCCGUCCAGACUGAGGCUCCCGCUGCUCCCCAGCCCACCAAGACUGGCUGCAAGGCCAAGAAGGCCCGCCGUCACGCUCGUGACAUGAUGAACUAA